AUGUGGAGGCGCGUAGCUUCAGUUUCUCAUCUGUUUUCUCAUUCUAAAUCAACCAAAUUUAACCAGGGAGCAAGCACAUUCAAGAUUUGGGAAACAUUUACCUCAGAAUCAGAGAUACCAACUCCGUCGAAAGGUUCUCCGUUCGUAACUUUUGUUUUAGGUGGCCCUGGCAGUGGAAAAGGUACUCAGUGUGCAAAGAUAGUUGAGGCAUUUGGGUUCACUCAUGUAAGUGCAGGAGAUUUGUUGAGGAGGGAAAUAGCUUCUGGUAGCGCAUAUGGCUCUGUGAUUCUUAGUACAAUUAGAGAAGGAAAAAUAGUACCCUCUCAAGUGACAGUCGAACUCAUUCAAAAGGAGAUGGAAUCAAGUGACAAUUAUAAGUUUCUGAUUGAUGGGUUCCCUCGAAGCGAGGAGAACCGCAAGGCAUUUGAACAAACUAUUGGCGCAGAACCGGAUGUUGUGCUUUUCUUUGACUGUCCUGAACAAGAGAUGGUGAAGCGAGUACUAAAUCGUAAUCAGGGCCGAGUUGAUGAUAAUAUUGACACAAUCAAGAAGCGCCUUGAAAUAUUCGAUGAAUUAAAUUGGCCUGUUAUCAAUUACUACUCACAGAGGGGAAAACUUCACAAGAUCAACGCAGUGGGAACAGUCGAUGAAAUAUUUGAAAAAGUUCGACCAAUUUUUGCUCCAUUGAGUACUCUGUCUUCUCUCUUUGGCAAAGAUCACUGCGAAGAGUGGAAGUUUGUACCCAAAGAAGCAUCGUGA